UGCUCGCUUUCAUGGUUCAGGGCUUCUGCUUUCUUUUCACUCCACACACCACCCCGUAGUAGGGUUAAAUUGUCCUUCUGAGCAGUUUCUUAACCCACGGUCGGCAGGUUAAGGGAGGGCAGGAUUUCACUGAAAUAUUAUUUGGGAACAUAUCAUGGAAGUUCUGCGCCCACAGCUUAUAAGAAUUGGGGGACGGAUUUAUAGAAAGAAUCCCAUUCAAGAACAGACAUACCAACAUGAAGAAGAGGAUGAGGACUUCUAUCAAGGCUUCGUGGAGUGUGCAGAAGAGCCCUGUGAUGGCUACGAGGUGGUGCAGACCGAGCAAGGUUUCCAGUGUACCGUGAAGGCCCCCAGCCUGCUCUACAAGCAUAUAGUUGGAAAGAGAGGGGACACAAGGAAGAAACUAGAAAUGGAGACCAAAACUUCUAUUAGUAUUCCUAAACUCGGACAAGAAGGAGAAAUUGUAAUCACUGGCCAGCAUCGAAGUGGUGUAAUUUCCGCCCGAACUCGGAUUGAUGUUCUUUUGCUCACUUUCAGAAGAAAGCAGCCCUUCACGCACUUCCUUGCCUUUUUCCUCAAUGAAGUUGAGGUUCAGGAACGAUUCCUGAAGUUCCAAGAGGAAGUACUGGAGAAGUGCUCCAUGGAUCGUGGAGUUGAUAGCAGUAUUUUCCAGAAUCCAAAAAAACUUCACCUAACGAUUGGGAUGUUGGUACUUUUGAGUGAGCAAGAGAUCCAGCAGACAUGUGAGAUGCUAAAGCAGUGUAAAGAGGACUUCAUUGAUGAUAUUUCUGGGGGCAAACCCCUGGAAGUAGAGAUGGAAGGGAUAGAAUACAUGAAUGAUGAUCCAGGCAUGGUGGAUGUUCUUUAUGCCAAAGUUCAUAUGAAAGAUGGCUCCAACAGGCUGCAGGAAUUAGUUGAUCGAGUGCUGGAACGUUUUCAGGCAUCCGGAUUAAUAGUAAAAGAGUGGAAUAGUGUGAAACUCCAUGCUACCGUGAUGAAUACUCUAUUCAGGAAAGACCCCAAUGCUGAAGGCAGGUACAAUCUCUACACAGCAGAUGGCAAAUAUAUCUUCAAGGAAAGAGAAUCAUUUGAUGGCAGAAACAUUUUAAAGCUGUUUGAGAACUACUCCUUUGGUACCCUGAAGCUCAAUUCAGUCCACAUCUCUCAGAGGUUCACAGUGGACAGUUUUGGAAACUAUGCCUCCUGUGGACAAAUUGACUUCUCCUGAAGUGGACCUUGGGAAGCAGUGAAAAUUGGACUUCUUCAUAAGGGCAGCAGCACGGGAAACGAAGACGGUAUUGGUGGGACUGCGCAGAGUGCCCUGGGCAGAUGUCGGCUGCAGGAGGUGCUGCCGCCUCCUCACAUCCUUUCUCCCUCCACAUCCUCUCUUUCUUCUUUCCUUGGCCUUACCUUGCUUUUUACUUUCUGUUUAAGAAGUUGGAUUCUGAACCCUGUGUUUUAAGGUCACUACAUAGUGAGGGUUGUGUAUAACACUCAGCUUGUUUAGCACUGUGACUGCACAGAUCAGUUGUGAAUAAACAAAUUUCCAAAGCAGCUGUGUCUUUUAAUAUUUUCAUAGUUUUAUGGUUUGACCCCCUUAGUGUGUGUUUUGGAUUCAGUGUUGCCAUCACCUAUUCACGGGUGGAGCUGUGUCGUUGAUCCAGCACGUACUCACUGGUGCCCGUAGGACUGGUUUUCCCCCAGAAGCUUUGUACUAGUAAUACGCAUUCUUUAGUUGGAGUCGAUUUUUACCUUGCUCACCGCCGAUGGUUAGAUGGCGCGUAGGAAUGAUGCUCCAGGGAUGGCACCGGCCAGGGAGGCCGACUGGGGGGGUCAGCGCCCGCGUGUCAUCCUGGUGCUUCUGCUCCCUUACUGGUCUCUUUCUGAUGGCUGGCACCAGUAGGACUUUGUGAAAGCACAGCAGUGGUAGAAAGCAAAUAAUUUUUGAUGGAGCCAGAAGAACUUCUCGAGAUUCAGGGUCCCCUCUCACCAAAGUGUCAUGGCACACAUGUUGGGGGGUUUGCUGCCCUGUUUGUGAUUGGGUCUCAUCAUAUCUCACUGUGCUGCUGCUAGUUUAUGAGGCACCACUUCACCCUCUGUUCUUGGAAGAGGAAGAGGGAAAAUGAACUAAUCACCCCAAUUGUUACACAAGAUUAGUAUCGGUAUAUUGUGAACUUUGUUACAGAGAAUAAUUUUGAUUUUUUUAGAGGGGGCAUAAUGAGUUACCCCCAGAUGAACUCCAUACCCAUCAUAAAGACAUGAUAAAUAUUACUUAACAACAUUUAUGUUUAAAGAUUUUUAAUAUUAUUUAUUUUUAGAGAGAGAGGGGAAGGGAAGGAGAAAGAGAGAGAAAACAUUGAUGUGAGAGAGAAACAUCGAUCAGAUCAGGGACCGAACCUGCAACCCAUGCAUAUACCCCGACCAGGAAUCUAACUGGUGACCCUUUGCUCUGCGGGAUGAUGUCCGAUCAACAGCCGCACCAGCCAGGACUUAACAACAUUUAUUUUUAAAUGAGCUCCAGAGUUGGGACCCUGGUGGGAACUGGCCGCACAGUGACACACAGCUUUGUUGAGGUGUGCU